ACUGCGGCAGUGACGAUAGCCACUACCUGGAAGAAGAGAAGGCUACAAACCUCUUGUUAUUCUUACUUUUUAGGCCGGUCAGGAUUCAAAGCUAAAAAAUCAUCAUGGCUGAUGAGGGAAGAUUACAAAAAAUGGAAGUUGAUUACACUGAAACUGUAGAUAAACGGUUGCCAGAAUGUGAAACCCUAACUAAGGAAGGAAAACUAAGUGAAGCUCUGGAAUCUCUCUUGUCACUUGAGAAGCAGACAAGAACAGCAGCUGAUAUGCAUUCAACUGCCAGAGUUCUGAUAGCAAUUGUACGUUUGUGCUUCGAACAGACUGAAUGGAAUCUGCUGAAUGAACAUAUAUUGCUGCUCACAAAAAGGCGAAGCCAACUUAAGCAGGCAGUACAAAAAAUGGUUCAAGAAGUUUGUACAUAUGUAGAUCAGACCCCUGAUCUGGAUACUAAACUGAAAUUGAUAGACACUCUGAGAACUGUCACAGCAGGCAAGAUUUAUGUGGAAAUUGAGCGUGCAAGACUUACAAUGAAGUUGGCCAAGAUCAAGGAAGAGCAACUGGGAGAGGUGGCUGAGGCAGCAGAAAUCCUACAGGACCUUCAGGUUUGUAAUUGUAGGCCAAAAACAUUUGUGCUGUCCAAUUCAGAUUCAUUAGAUACUCGGGCUAGACGGGUAGCCAAGUGGUAAGGUGGGACACCGCUA